ACGUAAUCUGUUCGGUAAAUCAAGGCAAUCUAUCAAUUCUUUUCGCUUGUGUGCAGAUAGGCGUCCGCCUCGUAUCUUUACUGGAAAAUAAACUUAUCAAAGAGCAACUCGUUGCGAUCACAGGUCCAUCUGGUGAAGGAUACCGCUAUAAUGGGUGUUUUUCACCAAAGUAGACUUUAUAACAGUUUCCGUGCUCGUGGAUUUUGAUUUUAAAAAACCACACACCUUGACGCUCGCUUGCUAACGUUAGUUUUUUUUUCUUCUCGCCACUGUCCUGUGGUGCCGUCUUGGUGAGAGUCUUCAGACGUAUAUACGAGGAGUUUUACUGACCCCGCAAACAUGUCUGGGGCCUCUGUAAAAGUUGCUGUUCGAGUACGGCCUUUCAACUCCAGGGAGAUGGGCAAGGACUCCAAAUGUAUCAUUCAGAUGCAAGGCAAUACCACAACUAUUCUCAACCCCAAAGCCCCAAAGGAACCAGCAAAGACCUUUAGUUUUGAUUACUCCUACUGGUCACACACUACGCCGGAAGAUCCCUGUUUUGCGUCACAGAACCUUGUGUUCAAUGACAUUGGCAAGGAGAUGCUGGCACAUGCGUUCGAGGGCUACAAUGUUUGCAUCUUCGCUUAUGGCCAGACGGGAUCUGGCAAAUCCUACACCAUGAUGGGCAAGCAGGAGGAGGGGCAGGAAGGAAUCAUCCCCAUGCUCUGUGAAGAUCUAUUUGAGAAAAUCGAUGACGUCAGCAACAAAGAGGAACUCUCUUACUCCGUGGAGGUCAGUUACAUGGAGAUCUACUGUGAGCGAGUGCGGGAUUUGCUGAACCCUAAGAACAAAGGGAAUUUACGAGUGCGAGAACAUCCGCUACUGGGUCCCUACGUGGAAGACCUGUCCAAGCUAGCUGUCACAUCCUACACAGACAUUGCUGACCUAAUGGAUGCCGGCAACAAGGCUAGAACUGUGGCUGCCACCAACAUGAAUGAGACCAGCAGUAGGUCCCAUGCUGUUUUCACCAUCGUCUUCACACAGAAGAAACAUGACAGCGAGACCGAUAUCUCCACAGAAAAGGUCAGCAAAAUCAGUCUGGUAGACUUGGCAGGGAGUGAAAGAGCAGAUUCCACUGGCGCUACAGGUACCAGGCUAAAGGAAGGAGCAAACAUCAACAAAUCUCUCACCACGUUAGGAAAGGUUAUCUCUGCCUUGGCUGAAGUGACACAGGAUAACUGUACAAGCAAGAGUAAGAAGAAGAAGAAGACUGACUUCAUCCCGUACAGAGACUCUGUUCUGACAUGGCUGCUGAGGGAGAACUUGGGUGGAAACUCGAGAACAGCCAUGGUAGCCGCCCUCAGUCCUGCAGAUAUCAACUAUGAUGAAACUCUCAGCACGCUCCGCUAUGCUGACCGAGCAAAGAACAUCAAAUGCAAUGCUGUCAUCAAUGAGGAUCCCAACAACAAGCUGGUGCGCGACCUGAAGGAUGAAGUGGCUCGAUUGAAGGAGCUCCUCCGUGCUCAGGGCCUGGGAGACAUCCUAGACAACCUCAAAGACAUUCAGAACAAUAAGAAUAGAUACUUGAUAGCCUCAGAGAACCAACGCCCUGGCAAUUUCUCCACAGCCCCCAUUGGUUCCCUGACAGCCUCACCAUCGUCUGGCUCACUGUGUAACCAAGGGGGCCUUCAGUCGGUCACCAGCAUCCAGGAGCGCAUCAUGUCCACCCCUGGAGGAGAGGAGGCCAUUGAAAGACUCAAGGAAUCGGAAAAGAUAAUUGCCGAGCUCAAUGAAACCUGGGAAGAGAAACUGCGAAAGACGGAGGCCAUCCGAAUGGAGAGGGAGGCCUUGCUUGCAGAGAUGGGUGUGGCAAUCCGUGAAGAUGGAGGCACUUUGGGGGUCUUUUCUCCUAAAAAGACUCCACACCUGGUUAACCUGAAUGAGGAUCCUCUCAUGUCAGAGUGUCUGCUCUACUACAUCAAAGACGGCAUUACAAGGGUGGGUCAGGCUGAUGCUGAAAGACGACAAGACAUCGUUUUAAGCGGUGCUCAUAUCAAGGAAGAACACUGUAUCUUCCGCAGCGAGAGGAAUGCCAAUGGAAAUGUAAUCGUCAUGCUGGUGCCAUGCGAGGGAUCAGAAACCUACGUCAACGGCAAACGCGUCGAGGAUUCUAUCCAGCUUCGUUCAGGAAACCGCAUCAUUAUGGGAAAGAACCACGUGUUCCGGUUCAACCAUCCAGAACAGGCCCGAGCCGAAAGAGAGAAAACGCCAACUGCGGAAACCCCGGUCGAGCCGGUGGAUUGGACCUUCGCUCAGAGGGAGCUUCUGGAGAAGCAGGGCAUCGACAUGAAGCAGGAGAUGGAGAAAAGGCUCACUGAGAUGGAAAUCUUGUACAAAAAGGAGAAGGAGGAAGCAGACCAACUUCUGGAGCAGCAGCGACUGGAUGGAGACUCUGAUAGUGGGGAUGACUCAGAUAAGAGGUCUUGUGAAGAGAGCUGGAGACUGAUCACUUCCUUGAGGGAAAAGCUGCCUCCCAGCAAGCUACAAACCAUAGUGAAAAAGUGUGGAUUACCCAGCAGUGGGAAGAUAAGAGAGCAAGUUAAAAUGUACCAGGUCCCUCAGCGGCGUCGCAUCACCAAGGACUCCAAGUGGGUGACCAUCUCUGACCUGAAAAUCCAGGCAGUUAAAGAAAUUUGCUAUGAAGUAGCGCUCAAUGACUUCCGCCAAACGCGGCAGGAAAUCGAGGCUCUGGCCAUUGUAAAGAUGAAGGAGCUUUGCGCUAGUUACAGCAAGAAGGACCCCAACGAGCGGGACUCGUGGAGGGCAGUGGCUCGGGAUGUUUGGGACACGGUGGGCGUCGGCGACGAGCGCAUUGAGGACGUUCUUACCAAUGGGGCCCGAGCAGGAGUGGUUGUGAUGGAUGACUUGAAGGUGCACAUUGAUAAACUUGAAGACAUCUUGCACGAGGUGAAGAAACAAAACAACAUGAAAGACGAGGAGAUCCGCGCCCUGAGAAACAAGAUGGUCAAAAUGGAAAAGGUCCUUCCGCUCAUCACCCCCGAGAGCCAGGAAAUGCCUCAGUUUGGCACUUCCACUUGCCCUCCCACAGCUCAAAGCCCUCGAGAGGGCAAACCUCCUUCUCCCGACAACCCUGAUGGAGACGAUGUCGAUUUACAUACUGGCCAAAGCACCGGAGAUGACUCCACGCUAAAGCGAGGCCACAUGCGCUGGAUGCGCCAAGAGCAGUUGCGCCUCAAAAGCCUUCAGCAACAAGAGAUCUCCAAGCAGCUCCGCAGGCAAACUGGACCACACCGCUUUAUACCCCCAGAAGACCGAAAGCUACGCUUCCCUUUCAAAAGCAACCCCAAGCACCGCAAUUCAUGGAGCCCUGGAACUCAUAUCAUAAUAACAGAUCAGCAGGUCAUUGAGCUAAAGGUGCCCAAAGAAGCUGUAGAGGAAGAAGAGGGAGAAAGCCAGGUUGGCGAUGGACUUCAGUCUAGAGAACCUGUGGCUGCUUCACUGAUCCAAAUCACUCCCCCAUUGCCAAGCCCGUCAGUCCAGCGCAGGAGCAAGGACCCGGAGCAAGGUUCGAGCCAGGGUCACAGACACAGCUACAGGAACCAGCAGAACCAGCAGAACCAGCAGUCCCACGAACGAGGCCGCAGCCACUCCUUUAAUAACCGCCAGCGGCCCUCCGGCUCCAUGGAGUCACUGCAGCAGUCUGAGAGCAACAGGAGGCACACUCAGACCUUCUACCUGCCCCGGCACCAUCAGGGCCAGCCGGCACAUCCGCAGCAACAGCCACACCAUCACCAUCACCAUCAGCCCUACCACAACAAUGGCGGGGUGUACACCGAUGGCAGAUUCAACGGAUACCAGCAGUACCAUCACCCUGACCACGCUAACUAUCCAAUCAGCUUUCAGGCCCCCCCGCGAAUGCGCAGGCAAAUGUCUGCUCCCAAUCUGAAAGCCAGUAGAGAGACGGCAGUCUGAGUGGGGAAAUCAAUAACUAGUUUGAUAAACUUUUAGUAGGCAAAAAACAUUACAGAUCACAACAGCUCAUAAUCAUGUGACUCAAGCAGCUCAAUCCGAUUGUGACUUUUGCACUGAAGAGUGCGUUCUUGGUUGAUCCGAAAGUAUUGUAUGUAUUAUAAGAGGACAUUCUAUCAUCAUCAUGCCAUUUCACCUGUUUUUGAUGCAUUGUGUGUGCUGUCUUCGCUAGUAUUGGGAGAGCUGGAACAGAAGCCAACAGAUAAUAAAGGGACUUUUUUGCAUCUGAAGAGAUUUCAUGCCACUGCAUUCUUCAGCAUAUGUGACAAUUCACCAGUCCUGUUUUUAUUUGCCAAAAUCCUCCUCAUGGUUGAAGUUAUUUGCCAACCUAGGUAUGAUUUAUCAUGAAUGUUUUAGCCACUACAGUAUAAACUCACUACAGUGCUUUUUUCGUCAAGGCUUUUGUGGAUAUUGUAGCCCAACUUAGGAACAUGGUCCCUAUUUCUGUAACUGCAUCUUAAUACAAAAUAAUGUUUAAUCUCAUAAAUCCGUAUUGGCCUAGAUCUGGAAUCCAAUCAUUAGUACGUUUCUCAUUUAGAAAUUGAAUAAUUUGAUGCACUAGUCAAUAACAUGACACCCUUUUAAUAGAAUGACAUAGACAUAGAGUCCAAAAGGUGCCUUUUUAUAAACUAACUACAUUAAUCCUGCUAUGCAUAUUACCCUCUUUUUGAUUUAACACUCGUGCAAAACUGGCAACCUUCAUAACUUUACUUGGCCAAACAAACUUUUUGGUUAUAUCAUUUAUUCAAAUUUGUAGUAGGCCAUUUUAUUGUUUUUUUUAUUUUUCAAAUAUCUGUCACAUAAUUGUAUUUCAGUACUUUGCACCUCCUCAAGUCAUGGAUAAUUGAUGACAUUUUAUAUUUAAGAGUUUUUAAUAUUAAUGAAUUAAUGAAGCUAUGUUCUCAGAAUCCUGGAGUUUACGUAAGACCCAAUCAAAUGUAAGAACUACUCUGGAAAUGAAAGGAGAGUGAUGCUAUUAUAAAGGAAAGGAUCCACAACAUUGUAACUAUUUAAAAGUUUGACUGUACCCAGUUCAAAAUCUUUUUCCUGUAUUCGCUCUGAUUCCCGUUUAAUGCAGUCUUCGGAAAACAUUCUUGGUUUGUGCUUCACUGAGUAGGCACAGAGGGCUCUGUGUUAUGAUUGGAUGUUGUACACAGUGUUGUCAUGGCUGCAUCAGAUUUGCCUUAAAAAAUGUUGGAAUGACAGAGACUUGAAGCGUUUGCAUAAUGUUUUUUUUAGGGGAAUUAUCCAAAUUUGAUUUUUAAGACUGCCUUGUGUUCGCUGGAUCAAUGCCUCAUUCUCAUGAAACCCGGGUGGUCCAUUACAAUCCUUCUUUGCCUCUGUGAUGUAGCUGACGCUUACUUGAACAAGCAUAUUGUGCGCCUGUCAAUUAGCCUUUUCCUUUUAUGCAUUUCUUCUGCUUUUAAAGAACCCGUUAAUUGUUAACAGUUAUGUUCCAGGUGGCCUUUUUAGAGGAACAGUGACACUCUGCACCGUGGAAGAGACCAUUGAGGAUUAUUGAAAUGUAUAGAAACCUUUUCUGUGUUUUCUACUAAUAGUUUUGAAGGUAUAUAUUCUACCGUACUAUGCUGUUACGAAAACCAAAUGAUAUGACGACGUAUGCAAGCCCCGACCUCCACGCCUCAUGUCUUUGACUAUCUUUGCAUGCGAUAGCCGACAUUCAUCCCUCAUAAACGCUCCAUACAAGAAUAUGCACUGGUGCUGAGGCCGGCCAGGUAAGCUGGUAAAGGGUAUUCAACAUCAAAUGAACCGUGUACUGUUGUCAGGAAAUAUGCCUGUGCUAGGGCUCAACUAAGUGUUUGUGUAUUUUGAGUGUUGUACAUUUGCUUUUUGAAUCAACAAUAUCAAGUGCCUCAUAGCGGCUGUGUACCAAGUUAUUAGUCCCUAUCAGGCACGUUGUACAAACAUACGGUGCAUACGUGAACGAGGCAAGGAUGUACUGAAUCCCUGUGUUGCUGGAGAAUUUUGACAAUACGACUGAAAUAAAAUUACAUGCUAAAAGUAUACCUUUUUUUUUU